AUGCUAGAUUUGCCUACGAUCGCAGUGUUCUAGAAGUUGUACUACGAUCCUGGAUCUGUCGGCUGCGUUACCUUUUUCUCUUUCACGUGUGUACAGUAGCGCAAGAAUGAUCACGCACGCAAAAGUGCGGUAUGAGGAUGAUCGAAAACUUGCGGUUGUGGACAUUCGAGACAUAGAAAACUUCCAUCCCGAGAACGCGAAGGAUUUCAAAUCGAAGUUCUUUUAUUCGGUGAAAUGGACCGAUCCGGACGGGACCUCGGACUUUUACCGGGCUCGGAUUCUAGCUCUGGGAGAAUCAGAAGAAGACCUGGAGGCGGAGGGAAGAGGCCGGCAGAGGCUUAGAUUUGAAAGAAUGGCAUAUUCGCCUGACGGCGAAGAUGAAGACGAUGAUGUCGAGCCAGAGCGUCCUGCAAAAAAGCCCUCUGGCCCAAAGCAGGAGCUAUUGGACAUGUUAAAAAAAAAAACUGACGACAUCCAGCAAAGGGAAGAAGCUGCUUUAAAGAAGCAGAAAAAGAGGCCAACAUAUGACGAUAGGGGUGGCCUAGUCACUGAGCUGAAGUACAAGGUACAGAGACUUGAAGGCCUUGUGGAAAGAAAGUGCAAAAAAAUUGAGGAACUGCGAAACAAAAACGAAGAGUUGGAGCAGGAGGCCAUGAAGCUGAGGCAGCUGAACAUGAGGCUGCAGGAAAAAAUGCUGACAGCCAUAGAUGAAGGCACAGGCUACAGUAGAGCUUCGUGCUCCACUAAGAGCGGACCAGACCACUCGACGAGGGAAGUGGAUAUUGACAGCAUGGACGUGAUUCCUAGGGAGAAAACACCGCCACAGGAUGAUUACGCAAGAAAAGAGAAUGCCAUGGUGGACAUUGGCGGUGGCCUUCAAAUAAAUUCUAGCGCAUGGCACCACAUUCAGGGCCAUCAAAAGGAUUCCCUUUUCGUUAAGGACCUCCUCCUGGGAAUUUGGCCCAAGGACCAGCUGAAAAACCGCUCUUUGCAAGGGAAGCGGUGUCCACGAUUUCCCGAUCGGCCUGCAAAGGCUCCACUGACACCUUGGAAAGUGGAAGUGAUGCGUGACUGUUACAGACGGAGACUGCAGCGCCAGGGGAUUCCCGAAACCCUUAUGCCUGCUGCACUCAAGCAGCUGAACCAUUUCGUGGUUGAGAAGCUGGCAGACCUUGAGAGGCUGGCAAAACGGUGAGGUGCUGUUAUAAAUGUGUUUUGACUAAUUUCAGGGAGGUUCUUUGUAUGUAGUUUUUAAAUGACAUGCAGCCUGGUAAAGAAAGUGUUUAAAGCAUCAUACUGACUAAAUGCCAUGCCAGUGCAUUUGCUUACAUCUAUGCAAAGUAUCAUGUGGAGAAAGCUAGUCUUGAGCUUGCAGCACAUCAAGUUAACACUGUUUACUCAAAU